GGAGAAGGACUACUGUUUCAGUUGAGGACGGACGAGAACCCGAACAUCUUUGGGCGUAAAGAAUUUUUUCUAAAACGGAACGUUCCUCUCCAUAAAUUAAUUUACCUAUGCAUGUUGUGGUGUAAUUUUCCAAUAAGACUAUUUAUGAUCAAGUGGUUGUUUCCUUCCAGGGUCCAAACAUGGAUAUGGAAAAGAAUUCCUAGUACGUUGUUGUUAUCUCUCACCAUUUUAUUUUUCUACUCCUUUCUCCAAAUAUACACAUGAGACAAAGUAAAUUUUAAUAAAAUUUUAAAGAAUUAAAAUCCUUAAUAUUAUAAUCUAAAAAACACCUUUCUAAUAGGGUAUAAAACGAUCGGUUAACCAAUAAUUGGUGUCCUUUCAGACAAAUUUAAUCCUUAACAGUAUGUUACUCUGACCCAUGUGUACCUUUUUCUGAUUAAGGAUUUUGAUUCUUUAAAAUUUUAUUAAAACUUACUUUGUCUCAUGUGUAUUUUUUGGGGAAAGGAAAAGGAAGGAGGAUAAAAAUGAAAUGGUUGGAGAUAACCAACCGAAGGAAUUUUUAGUACCUAAUCUACUUUUUCCUAGAGGAAAUUCACUUUUCCAAGUCUCCUUUCCUCGUUUUUCGAAGAAAUUUCCAAAAUUUCCAACUCCAAUUCCAGGCUUAGAAUUCCCAGGUAUAAGAUAAGCUCGUCACUGCAUUGUUCGAUAAUCAAACUCUCAAAAAUAC